CGCGGAUUUAAUUGGUGACAUCGUCGUGCCAAGAUGAUGCUCCUCCGGCGGCGUGGCGGCGUCUUGGCCACGAUCCGAUCCAUGUCAACACGCUCGCUCUUGGAUAUCUAUCAAGAUGCCGUCGCAUCCAAAGAGAUUGUAGAAGAUCCUGUGCAACUGCAUGCUCUGCGUCAUUUGCAAGCUCUGCAAGAUCAACUGGUGGCGACACCACUUCCACCACCGCCUUCAGUCGUUGCUCCCGCAGACCGUUCUCCUUCUCUGUGGGAUCGAUUUCGAAGCACCGUAGCGCCGUCGAGCAGCGCGGCGUCGAAUCCACAACGUGGCAACGUGCCGAAAGGAGUGUAUUUGUAUGGAGGCGUCGGUUGUGGCAAGACCUUUCUCAUGGACAUGUUCUUCGACAACUUACCGCUGCAAAGCAAGCGCCGAGUCCAUUUCCACAAGUUCAUGUUGGAAGUGCACGCGAACAUGCACCAACUGCGCAAGGAGGGGCAUGUCGGCGACCCGAUUCCGCAUCUCACGGCCGAGCUCAUGCAAACAUCGCGUGUGCUUUGCUUUGACGAGUUCCAAGUUACCGAUGUCGCGGACGCGCUCAUCUUGCGGCGCCUCUUCUCGGCCAUGAUCGACGCGGGGAGCAUCGUCGUCGCCACGUCGAACCGACCUCCCACGGACCUGUACAACAACGGCAUCCAGCGCGAUUUGUUCGUGCCCUUUAUCGACCUUCUCCAAACAUCCUGCAUCGUGCACUCCCUCGAAGCAUCGUCGACGGACUAUCGCAAACUCAAGGGCCAGGCUCAACUCCACGAGAUGUACCGGCAUCCUCUCAACGACGCGAAUCACCGACUGUUUUACGAGUCAUUCAAGACACUGGCCAACAACGAAACCAUCCGCAGCAUGAAGCUCCGCACCCAAGGACGUGUCGUCGAUGUCCCCCACGCUGCACCCAAGCACAACGUGUGCUUGCUCUCGUUCACAGACGUGUGUGAUAAACCGCUGGGGGCCGCGGAUUACCUCGCGAUUGCAGAGGCCUUCCACACCGUGUUCCUCCAAGACAUUCCUCGCAUGCACGUCCAGUACGUCAACCAGACGCGCCGCUUUAUCACGUUUGUCGACUGCAUGUACGACAAAAAGGUGCAGCUGUACUGCCUCGCCGACGCGGCCCCGAACGAUCUCGUCGUCCCGGACGAAUCGACCAAGAACGUGAUCGACGAAGCGUUUGCGUUUGAUCGCACUGUGUCGCGGCUCCUGGAAAUGCAAUCGGAGAGCUACGGCACGCUGAGCGCCGCGAUGGACCUUCCGUCGACAACCCACCGCCUCGCUUUCCUACGCACGCUCCAGCCCAAGAAGCAGUUGAAUUACCUCGAUGUCAAGAGCCUCUGGGACAUGUACAAUCCAAAUCGAGGGGCCGAGUUGGAGCGCCAUGAGGUGCAAGUGCUCGUGGAAGAUAUCUUGGAGCUGCAAGACGGUGCACGCGGCGUCAACCCGGCGAGACUCGAGCCUCUCUUCUCGGUGCAGGAUUCGCUCGCGUUUGCUCGAUUUCAACGCUUGCUCACACAUACCGAGUCGGAUGCCAGUUGGUGGCAUCUUAGCCACGACUUGGAUGCCCGCGUCGCCCAACUCGACGACAAUGGCCAAGAAAAGGUGCCCCAGGAAGUCACAAACUGGGUCGUCUAGAUCGCCCUCGAUCCAGGGCCACUAGUAGAGUGAAGAUCGCAGGCGCAUGUGCCAGCGUCGACACGUGACAAAGGAUAACAUCCAUCGGACCUUUGCUUCAAUCUCC